CCUACGCUGCGAGCACGGCUUCUCUUCCUUUCUGUCCGACAUCUUUGAACGAGCAGCAGCAUGCCGCCUAAAGACGAUAAGAAGAAAAAGGAUGCGGGCAAGUCCGCCAAGAAGGACAAGGAUCCAGUCAACAAGUCUGGGGGCAAGGCCAAGAAGAAGAAGUGGUCCAAGGGGAAAGUCAGGGACAAGCUGAACAACUUGGUGCUGUUCGACAAGGCCACAUAUGACAAGCUGUGCAAAGAAGUUCCCAACUACAAGCUCAUCACCCCAGCAGUAGUCUCUGAGAGGCUGAAGAUUAGGGGCUCACUGGCCAGGGCCGCCCUUCAGGAGCUGCUCAACAAAGGUUUGAUCAAGCUGGUGUCCAAGCACAGAGCACAGGUUAUCUACACUAGAAACACCAAAGGUGGUGAGGCACCUGCAGGAACAGAGGAGUCAUAACCAGGUCCUGGAUUGGGAGCAGCCAUGUUUUCUAUGUAAAUGAUCUAAUGAAAAUAAAAUUGUGACAUAA